GUAAUGGGAUUACUCCCGUGUCAGGCGCAUGCGGGGCGAUUUAAGGGUCAUUCGCUUUCUGAACAUCGCUGGCCAGACGAAGUGGACUCGAGGGGCACCAUUAACUGCCCCUGACCUCCGGAUCUGCCCACCAGCAGCACCAGCGCGUCGCUUCUAGCGCGCUUUUUCGCUCUUUUUUUGCUGGUAUCGUGUUACGCUGGAUCUUCGACCGUUGGACGCGUGGCGCGUUUCGACAGUCAGGGGGCGCUCGAGCUCCUGAGCGAGAGAGGCAGUCUCUCUAUCUCUCUCUCUCUCUCUCUCUCUCUCUCUCUCACCCGCUCUCUUCUCAGGCACUUUCUCAUCGUGUGCAGUUGAGGACUGUUUCCAUGGCUUUGCGGCUGAGACGGUGGGCAUGCAGUAACGCUUGAGGAAGAUGCGCCAGCGGUCGUGGCUCUUCAAAUGGCUGGGAAUAGGCAUAGGAGUCCUUUUAGUUGCAGCUUCAAGUUCGUCUCAGGACACAGACGACUGGCAGUAUGAGGAGUGCAAGCUCUCCAGAACUGGUCCACCAGCCACCAUAGUAGCCAUAGACGAGGAGAGUCCUAAUGGGACUCUUCUGGUAGAGAACAUGCAGAUCAACGGGCGAGCUGAAGAUCCAGAUAGAACCAUCUCUUUAUCCCUAAGAGACAACUACAACUACUGGGUCAUCUUGGACCCAGUCAAACAACGCCUUUACCUUAACAGCACUGGAAGAGUUUUGGAUCGUGAUCCUCCUUCCUACAUUCAUUCGAUAGUAGUGCAGGUCCAGUGCACCAAUGAACUAGUUGGUACGGUGAUUCUCCAUGAGGUGCGGAUUGUUGUGAGAGAUCGCAACGACAACACCCCUCGAUUCCAGCAGCCACGAUACUACGUGGCUAUUAAUGAGCUCACUCCUGUCGGCACCACCAUCUUCUCAGGCUUCACUGGGAAUAAUGGAGCCAUUGACAUUGACGAUGGGCCGAAUGGGCAAAUUGAGUACACCAUUCAGUACAAUCCUAAUGACCCGACCGCAAACAGGACGUUUGACAUCCCUCUCACCCUCUCUGGUUCUGUAGUCCUGAGAGAGAGACUCAACUACGAGGAGAUCACGCGCUACCUGGUCAUCAUCCAGGCCAACGACCGAGCUCCUUACCCUAAAGACAGACUGACCGCCACCACCACACUGACAGUGGAUGUGCUUGACGGAGAUGACCUGGGCCCCAUGUUUCUGCCUUGCAACUUGGUGGACAAUACCCGUGACUGCAAGCCACUGACCUACAGAGCCACUGUCCUGGAGCUGGCAGACCCGAGCCGAGUGAACCCAGUGAAUGUGACGCCCCCAAUCCAGGCUGUGGAUCAGGACAGGAACAUCCAGCCUCCUUCUGAUCGGCCAGGCAUCAUCUACUCCAUCCUUAUCGGCAAACCAUCAUCCUAUGCAGAGUACUUCUCCUUGAACAGCAGCACAGCUGAGCUGAGGCUGCUGCAGCCCGUCAGUCGCGAGCAGCACCAUCGAUUUGACUUGGUGAUCAAGGCCGAGCAGGACAAUGGCCACCCCCUCCCAGCCUUUGCUAACCUCCACAUCGAGGUGCUGGAUGAGAAUGACCAGGCGCCGUACUUCCAGGCCCCUGCCUACCACGGCUUCAUCAUCGAGUCUGCAUCAGUGGGCACCACUAUUUCCAGUAGCAGCAAUCUCUCCUCCCCUCUGACCAUCAUCGCUCUGGAUAAUGACGUGGAAGAGAGCAAAGAUCCAAUGGUACGAAUCUCCCUGGACAACUACGACAGCAUCUUUGCGGUGACACCCAGUGGGCUGGCACGCUACUUGACACUCUUGAAGCCUGUGGACCGUGAAGAGCAGCAGAGUUAUACCUUCACGAUGACCGCCUCAGAUGGGAUUCAGGAGAGCUCCCCAGUGGCCGUUAAUAUCACGGUGAUCGAUGCCAACGACAACACGCCCACCUUCCCCAACGUCUCCUACAGCGUCAAUGUUUACACAGACAUGCAGCCUGGGGAAACAGUAUUACGGCUGACAGCGGUGGAUGCUGACGAGGGUCCCAACGGGUUGAUAAGCUACAGCAUCCUGGCGGGGGCUCAGGGAUACUUCACCAUCAAUAACAGCACAGGACUGAUCACCGUGGUGCCAGGCCUCAACCUGACCGUGGGACGCUCUUACGCCCUCACUGUCCGAGCUGCCGACAACGCCCCACCCCCACAGAGGAGGAGCUCCAUCACCACUGUCUACAUUGAGGUUCUCCCUCCCAACAACCAGAGCCCACCGCGCUUCCCCCAGCUUCUCUACAGCCUGGAGAUCAGUGAGGCCAUGAGGACUGGAGCCACACUCCUUAACCUGCAGGCAACAGACCGUGAAAGAGAUCCCAUUACGUACAACGUCCUGAGCGGUGAUCCCAGCGCCAUCUUUGAACUCAACCAAACGUCUGGGCUGUUGCUGCUGGCGAAGAUGCUGGACAGGGAGAGCACAGAUCGCUAUACGCUGACCGUCGCUGCGUCCGAUGGCAAGCCAGACGGGACCUCAACGGCCACCGUGGACAUUCUGGUGACUGAUGUCAAUGAUAACGACCCUGUAUUCGAUCUUCUGCUGCCCCAGAAUCUCACAGUUCAGGAGGAGCAGGCCAAUGCUUUUGUGGGUCAAGUGAAGGCUAAAGAUCCUGACCUAGGUGUAAACGGUCAGGUGCGCUACAGGCUUCUGACCCAUGCUGACCUGUUCCGCAUCAGCGCAGACGGCAACAUCUCCACAGCCGUGGCUCUGGACCGUGAGCAGAGAGGCCACUAUGAGCUGCUAGUGGAAGCCUGGGACGGGGCAGUGGACCCCCGCAGGACCACCCUCGCACUUUCCGUUAGCGUGCUGGAUGUAGACGACAAUAGCCCUGUUUUCUCCCAGCCGUCCUACAGUGUCAACCUGCCUGAGAACAGCCCUGCAGGCAUGGCCAUCCUCCAACUCAGUGCAUCGGACGCAGACCUGAACUCCAACAUCACCUACCGCGUCAGAACAGAGGAGGCCAGGGAGCUGUUUGCGCUGGACCCUGUUACAGGAGAGCUGAGGGUGCUGUAUACGUUGGACUUUGAGAAGCUCGCACCUGAGGGGACCACACACACUUUUGUGGUGGAGGCAGUGGACAGCGGUGGGAGCAUGCCACCUGGUUUAGCCACUGUAACUGUCACCAUAAUGGACAUGAAUGACUUUUCGCCCGUGUUUGGCCAGACGGUGUACAGAGGCAUGGUGGCACCCAAUGCAGUCAAAGGAACCAUAGUCACCACAGUGCUGGCUGAAGAUUUGGACACCCCGGACACUCCGGCCAGUCGAGUGCACUACCGAGUGGACCUGGAGCAGUUCCCCUACAGCGCCAGCAUCUUUGAUGUGGACAAGGACACUGGCAGCAUCUUUACCAGGGUCAACCUCAAUGAGGAGCCCAACACCAAAUUCACUCUGGCGGUUAUUGCUUAUGACGACGGGGAGCCAGUGAAGUUCAAUAAGACUCUGGUGGAAAUUACCGUCUUGCAGCCGUCCAUCAUCCCUGUCUUCACUCAAGAGGAGUACAGGUUUCCACCGGUCAGUGAGAACGCUCCUGUCGGCAGGGUCGUGGGUGUCAUCCUUGCUGCUGCCAUAAAUCAAAGCAUUGUCUACUCCAUCAUCGAGGGUAAUGAAGGGGGUGAAUUCACCCUGAACAACAACACUGGAAUCAUCAGCACAGCCAAGACACUGGACUAUGAGAGCAACAGCAGCUACAUCCUGCGCGUGGAGGCCGACUCUAUGAGAGUGGUCUCCUCCAACCUGCGGGCACCUUCAAAAAGUAACACGGCCAAGGUGUUCAUCGCGGUGCAGGACGAGAAUGACCACUUCCCGGUUUUCACCAAACCGCACUAUCUAGCUGGGGUUGCCGAGGAUGCCAAGACCUUCACCUCCGUCCUGCAGGUCCAGGCUGUGGACAAAGACACAGGGAAUUACAGCGUCAUGCAGUACCGCCUCAUCAUCCCCCCGACAGCGGACGGAAAGGACAGCUUUGUCAUCGAGCCGCACACAGGGGUCAUUAAAACGGCCAUCAUGUACAGGAACAUGCGCCGCUCCUACUUCAGAUUUGACGUCAUCGCCACAGACAACUACGGAGAGGGCCUGAGCAGCAGUGCGCAGGUGGUGGUGUCUGUGGUAAACCAGCUGGACAUGCAGGUGGUGGUGUCCAACGUGCCCCCCACUGUGGUGGAGCAGAAUAAGGAGCAGCUGAUUGGGAUUCUAGAGCGUUAUGUGCAGGACCAGAUUCCAGGUGCCAAAGUGGUGGUAGAAUCCAUUGGGCCACGGCGAUACGGAGACACCUACGAGCAGGAAGACUACACCAAAUCUGACCUCAUGGUGUACGCCAUUGACCCCCUGACCAACAGGGCCCUCUCCAGACAGGAGCUGUUCAAGUUUCUGGAUGGGAAGUUGCUGGACAUCAACAAGGAGUUCCAGCCCUACCUGGGCAGGGGUGGCCGCAUCCUGGAGAUUCGAACACCUGACGUGGUGCAGAAUGUGAAGAAGGCUGUGCAGUCGGUGGGGUACACUGAAGGAGCCCUGCUGGCCUUGGCCAUCAUCAUCAUCAUCUGCUGCAUCCCUGCCAUCCUCAUCGUCAUUGUCACCUACCGACAAUUUAAAGAGCGACAGGCUGAGUGUGCCAAAACUGCCAGGAUCCAAAUGGCUCUCCCAGCUGGCAAACCUGGCGGCGUGGCAACCAGCAAUCUGUAUGAGGAGCUUGGCGAUGGCACCAUACCUAAGAAUAAAAGGUGUGUCCUGGAGGAGGGUGAUCGGCAGCGGCUCAUCAGUUCGUUCGCCUCACGUGCCAUUGCGGCGCACAAACAGUCCACUGCUAAUGGCAUCCUGCUGAACAAUCUGCCCCGAUCUGAGAGCAACAUCACCUUCCUGUCUGAUGAGAACCCCCUAACCACCACCAACCCACUGUACCACGAUGACGGCAAUGUCAGCAGCCCAGAACAUCUGGGAAAGUCCCAGUGGCGCCGGGACUUGCUUGGUUUGCACUCACCUGGCAUCAAGGGUCUGAAGAGCUUGCGCUUCCCAUCCAGUCAAUCUGGCCACUCUUGGACAUUGCCUUCCAGGCUUCGCAAGCGGGAAACCAAUGAAGGCCUGCGCAGUCGGCAGGUGGUGAUGGACCCUGUUCAGUGGGAGCUUCAGCUUCUGAAGAUGGAGCUGAAGGACAGCAAAGACCAUCUGGAUGCCUUCGAUAGCCCUGCAGGUGAAGGACCUGAGCCCAAGCUCACAGUCAAGGAGCAAGCACGGCAGUUUGAGCAACAAGCCCUGCACGAGAUGAAGCAGAAGCAGGGCCGUGACUCCCGGGGUUCCAUGUCCUCAGACUUCUUCCUCUCGGCAUCCGAUGCACCGCAGUCCAUUGCCAUAGGGAUAGGGCGGGAUGGUGGUCCUCCAGCCAUUAUAAUCACCCAGAGCGAUGGUACGCCACCCCCAAGUCACAAGCCUACUCCGCCAGGCAUGCGCAAGUAUGGCAGCCUGUCUGCUUAUUUUGGGGAAGAGGCCUACGAGGUUAAUGUGGAGAUCAUCCCAGAUCCUCCUGAUGUUCCUGCACCUCCACCACCAACAACUUCUCCACCCCUGACCUCUCCAUCUUGUGCAUCUCCCCCAUCCAGUCCCCCUCCUCACUCUCUCCCUUCACCACCUCACCCCAAACCUCCACCCCCUCCACCUCUACCUCCUCCUUCCUCCCCUGCUUCCUCUCAUUCUCAGAUUGCUCCCCCAUUUGUCCUUCCUCCCUUGCCCUCAGUGACAUCCCUACGACCGGUGUCCUUACGCGCCCCACCACCACCCCUCCCAGCUGACCCUGAGCCUCCCAAGAAAGAACUCAAGGGGAUACUAAAGAACAUACAGAACAUAGCGGACAUAGAGAAAUCCGUUGCCAACAUGUACAGUCAAAUAGACAAAAAGCAGCAGCUGCCAAAGAUGGCACCGAAGCCACAGGUGACAGUGGAGUCGGAGACAGGCGAGCCGGAGGUAGAACCCAUGCAGGAGGCAGAGUGCAGCAACCCAAACAUGGACUCCAUUGUGGAAGAGCUGGAGAAACGCUUUCCAUCUCAGUCCACUAUCCUGUGAAACUCUGUCUUCUGUCCUCAUUUCUCUUUCCCAUCUCGCAGUGACUUAUUUGAUAUCCUCAUAUUUGUUGUAUUGUUUUUACUCAAACCAUUUUUAUCAUUGUCUUUUCACAUUACUGUCAAAUCACAUAUCUCUUUCUCAAUAUGUCUUUCAUUUUUGAACAUACACCAUAUUUAAUACGUUCAGAGAAGCAGAGCUGUUAUAGUAUUUAGACUAUUUGUGUUUCAUGAUUUAGAAUAGAUUAGGCACUUAGAUUAUUGAAUGUGCAUGAAAGCUGAAUGGGUUAUGGAGUUGCUGAGUUAAGUUAUUGAGUCUGUUUUAUAAUAAAAAGUACACUGCAUGUCCAAAGGUUUGUAGGCACCUGCUCAGCCAGUGUUUCUUCUGAAAUAAAUGGUGUUAAUAGGGAGUCAAUCUCAUUCUAUCAGCAAGGCUUUUCUAUGACAGUUAUGUGUGUGUGUGUGUGUGUGGGUGCAAUUAACAUAUGUCAACAAUAGGUGCACCUUAAAGCAGCUGAAUUCGCUGAGCAGUAGGAGAGGCUCCUCUUUUGGACAUAUUGUGUAUUUUACCAUCUGUUGGACUUUUCUUAUUCUUAUCCUGCUGAAAAUUGAGCUGUACUUUAGUCUUGCUGCACUGAAUAAAUGUCCUCCAUAAAGCUUUGUACUGGGUACACUGCAUGCUCUCUGCUCAAAUCAUUCUCUCUUCUCUUUAUCUCUACUCACUUUCUCUUUUGUGUUAGCACAGCCUGUACAGGUUUGCAGCCUCAUGCGUUAUGCAAAGGCCUUCAAAACAAAGUCAUAUGGUUCACACACAGGCCGGAAAACCUUCACACUCUCUCUGCUUUGAUGGCAAGAAAGAAAGGGUAGACACCGUCCCACCAUUUUAAAGCGAGAGCUGCGACCUCCGGCUGAGGCUGUGUUCCAGAAGACGACAGUCUCUUACAAUAUCCAGCUCUCCGUUUAAUUUAUUUCUGAAGCCCACCCGUUACAGAGUAUUGUGACUCCGUUACAAGAGAGAGUUGGCUAUCAAGAGACUCAAAACCCUCACUGAAGAGACAAAGAAGUGAAAUCAACCCAUCUCAAUGUCAAAUGCCUAUGAUGUUCCAUGAUUCCACACACCUUAGCCGUUACAGGUACUAAUCGGCUUGACGAAUCUGAAUGAGGGUGGUUUUAAUUACAAGCCCAAUCAAUCACGGAUGUGCAUCUGCCCUCGUAGCCCCUGUCUCGUCUUUCAAACCGCAGCGCAGCACAUUUGAUUCAGCCGUCGUCUUCUUAAUCCCAACUUUAAUUAGCGCUCCAUUAACGGAUGGGCCCUGAAUCAUCAUAGGUGAUUAUCGUCAGCUCCCGUCAGCGGUCGUCAUCCGCUGUUAUUGUGUUUCCUUCUUCGAGCAUUGUAGAAUGUUUUGAAAGGCUGGAGAAACGUGUACUGGAAAAGAUAUUUUAGGAGGGGAGGCAUUCAAAUGCUCUUUGUAUUCUGUUCUUGCUUCCCUGUAGAGUAUUCUUCUAUUUGGAGGGUAAAUUCAGUCCACUUUCGAUGAGUUAUUAUCCCACCUACACCAUCUUGAUUUUUUAAAAAUAUUCUCCAGCACCCUGUUCGUCUGUAAGACUGCUCAGACUGCUGUCAUGACAUAUGCAAUAUGAGGGAGCAAGCAGCAGACAUUUUUAUUGCAUUUAAAACAAUGGGGAACCUCUGUGAAGACAACCCAAAGUAGUGAUAACCUGAGUCAGGAUGUGCUUAGUCAUCUGUUUCUGUCUGGAUUGCACCGCGUAAGCCGAACCAAGCUUCGGAAAGCUUUUAUUCAUAAUCAAGUUCUGCUAUAUUAUUUUAUGGAGCAGCACGACUUUUCUAAGCCGUCAUAUAGGCUUAUAAAAUAAAAACAAGGUUGUUUCUGGUGUGUAUUUGUCCUUACAGCAUUAUCCCUGAUAUCCACAGGGUCAGGCUUCUUGUCUGGACAUUCAAAGUGCAGAAACAGUGCUGGAGUAGAUGGUCGAUGUAUUUUAAUAUAUAUUUUAAUGAUUUAAGUUUGUAGACACCUGCUCAUCCAACAUUUCUUCUGAAAUCAAAGGUAUUAACCCUAUUAAACCAAAUGUCUCACCAGCAAUCCAUUGAAAAUUUGGCAACGGGCAUUUUAACUGGUUUAAAUCUGUUUACUAUGGGCGUUGGCCACAGCGACUUCUCAGGGUUAUGGUUAGGGAAUUAGCACUUUUUAUGUGCUACCUUGUUUUCUAUGCCUACAUAAACAAUGCACGAAUCUUUCUUUAUUACUGCGAUUUUCUUUCAAUCUGUAGCAUUGAAAAAAUCAGGUUAUUAAUGAAGAUCAACAGAUUAAAUGGCAGAAAAAGUCAUGCUUUGUUCAUCCUUCUCUUCUGGGAAGACUUCACACGUGCUGUUGCAGCAUUUCCUAUAAGGAUUUGCAUUUAGCUACAAGACCAUCAGUGAGGUCAGUUACUGAUGUUGAGUGAUUCGUUUUUGAUCACAAGCGCUGCUCAUCCCAACUCAUCUCUAGGUCUUCAGCAGUACUCCAUCACUCCAGAUAACCUAGUUCCACUGCUGCAUGUUGGAUGUUGGAGAGCUUUAUUAAUAGCCCUCAAAUACCCUGACCAUGCAUUGAGCAUGUUGGCCUUAGGCUUAUGUGCAGAUGCUCCAAAGCAUCCUAUUUUAUCAGCAAUGCUUUUGGGGAUUAUACACUCAAGGCUGAACAGAUGCGCCUUAAAGUAGCUAAAUUUGGUAAUUAAAAGGCAAUUCUCUAUAGUUUUGGACCCAUGGCUCACUGUAUAUACAUGCAUUAUCAAUGAUGGCAGACUUCAUUUAGGCAGACCCAAUAGAGCCUAGCAGGGGAAAUUGCCUUGUGCGACCUAACGGAGAAGAUUUAUGCUGAUGCCCACAGAUAUGUGGGCUAGGCCACGCACAUUUGGUGUGACCAGAGAUGAAACUCCCAGGAAGAAGUCCCCUGAAAGUCAUGGAUUAUUGUUUAGCGAUAAAUCUUCAUUUGAAUUCCUCAUUACUCUCCCAUCGGAGAACAAUUGCGGUAAUUUGCGCCCGGUGAUCAGCUGCCCGAAUAGAAUUCUAAUUUGCCAUGUUUGUGUGAAGUGGCCUUGCAGGCUGAGAGAGAUGCUGCUUUCUGUCUCUCAUUCCUCUCU